AACCUCUAAAGAACAGAAAGUCAUGAUUACGCAAAAUGUAAAUCUAUGACCAGUAAUUAUGGUGUUAUCAUGUUUUUUUUUUCUGGGAGCUCUUAUCGGUCAAAAUAAGCGAGAUACUGUCACCAGCAGAAGAUACGUGAUCAUUUGUCACUCGCUCGGUUGUACCGCAGGAAAGGCAGAAAGAAGAAGAUACUGAGAUAAAACCUGGUUACCUCCUUUUGUAUGGAUUUUGCAUUGUGAAGAGAGGAGCAAAAAUGGAAGUGCUCUAUCACCAAACCAACAGACUACUUCAAGAGAUUUCCCACACUGAUCUGAACAGACUUGAGCGGUCACAUUCACCAGAGGAGUACAGCGAAGUAGAGUCUUCUGUGGUGCAGAAGCUAGACACAGUGCACUCCAUCUGCAAUCGGUUAGACAUCUUGAUAAACAAAGAACCUCCAGCUAGACGAAUGAAUGCAAAGUAUAGAGUGGAUCAGCUCAAAUACGAUUUCCAGCAUAUCCUGAACUCCUUCAGAGUCUUACAGCAACGCAGACAAAUACGAGAACUUGAACAAAAAGAGAGGGAUGCAUUGCUGUCUAGGAAAUUUACUACAAAUGAUCAGGAAGAAACCUCCAUAUUUCUUGACCAUGAGCUGCAACAUCAUGAUAAGCUAAGGGAUGCCAACCGUAACGUUGAUGAACUACUAGGAGUUGGUGCGUCCAUUUUGCAAGGCAUUCGAGACCAGGGAAACACCUUGAAGGGAGCACACAAGCGUGUUCUGAAUCUGGUCAAUACACUUGGUUUGUCUAACACAGUCAUGCGCAUGAUAGAGAGACGGUCCACUCAAGACAAAUACAUCUUGAUUGCUGGCAUGGUCAUUGUUCUCCUUUGUUUAUAUUUUGCAUUGCGAUAUUUGUAGACUUGGAGUAAUGUAUAGUCAUAUACUUUUAAGGUCAGGACUGUUGGAUACCAUUUGUCAAAUUAAGCUACAAAGGUGCAUAUUAAUAUGUACAACAGACCUAUAUGAAGAGCAGUUUAGCAUGAUGUUCCACUUAAGUAUUUGAGGCAGAUUGUUCAUGGCAACAAUUGCUGGUUCCUUUUUAUCUGUAAAAUUUAAAUAAAUCCCCAGUCAUGCUUAACAUAAAAGUGAUGCUCAGAAGCCAAUACAAAAAUAUUACUCUGCAGGUGCUUUUUGAAAUUUAGUUUGUACUAUUUUUGUUUUCUUUAUAAUUCUCUGUGUUUGUGUGUCCUCAUAUUCAGUAACGUUAUUAGAAAGGCCUCUUAAUAUUUUUGAUGAAUAUGCCAAUAUAGAAUAAGGUUUAUUGUAAGUCAGCAAGGGCUUAACAAAGGGAAAUAUUAGACUUGUUACUUUGUUCUUUCACAAAAAUAAAAUGUCACUAAUU